CUGCUGCACAUCAGUUAUUGCCCCAAAGCGGGAAUGGUGAAACUGGGGCAGUUGGGGAUUGUUUAAAGUGAAGUCCCAGGAGCGCUAUCUCCAGAGGGUUUUCUGAGAAUUACAGUGUUUCUGUCUCCCGAGAAUACAGGGGCUCACCCACUGCAUCUGUGCCAUUGAGUGGUGACACAAGUAUGGGGACAGGUCCCUGGUGCAGAGGGAGGAGGGAGAAGCAGGUGCAAGGUCUGUGCAGCAGAGCAUAGCAGCAGGGGCCCCAGCAUGGGCAAAGGCUUUGCUGGCCACACAGGAAUCUGGAGAGGUGAUUACCCCUGUGAGGCCCACAGUGGGGCAGGGCCGGCAGGAGUCCCAGAGGCCCAGAACUGGAGUCAGCCAUGGGGACAGCUGUAUAGGUUGAGAAUGUGCUGAGGGGGAGCAUUAAUCUCACUUUUUUCUUUUCUUUUUUUUGGCGGUACUGGGGUUUGAACUCCAUGCCUCAAACUUUCUUAAGCAGGCUCUCUGCCACUUGAGCCUCUCCUCCAGCGUGGUCUUUCCUUAAAAUAAACCAGGGAAGUAGGAAGCGAUACAUUUUUGUUGUUUUUUUGGUGCUGGGGCCUUGAGCAUGCUAGGCAGGUUACCACUGAGCUGCAGUCCUGCCCUCGUUCAUCCUUAUUUAAUCCAUGAGGAAACAGGCCUCAAGUCACAGCUGGUGUGGGAUAGAGGCAAGAUAAAAACCCCAUGUUUCGGAGAUGAAACUGGUGGGAGAUAGGGGCUGGGAUCCAAGGGUGUGGGUGAGGCCAGUGUGUUGAACAGGGGGCUUGGAUUUAGUUCUGGUGUAGUGGGAUGAUGGAGAAGGUGUGUAAGCAGGUGCUCAGCAAGAGCUGGUUGCUAUCUGAGCCAUAGCUCUGGUGGAGGAAGGCUGAGGAUGCAGGGAGAGCAGACGUGGGGCCCAGGUGGGUAUGGAAUGGCCUUGCAAGCUAAGUGUCAGAGAAUUGAAAGUGCUUUGUUUCUUGCUUUAAAUUUGCUGCUCCCUAAAUGUGCUGUCUUCUCGGGGGCAUGGUCCUUUUCUGGUAGUAACUGUCUCCCAUACCCAACACUGGGUCACCAGAGACCGCCUUCCAACUCUCCCUGCUCCCUCUAGCCUUAUUUUCGGGAGGUCUGUACUGGCUUCCACAGGUGGAAAGGCUGGGUUUUGCUGUGGUUUAGGCUGGGCUCCAGCUUUCUAGAUGGGCUAGAGAAGUGUGGACGUCCUGUGGCUUCCUGAAAGCCACCCAUGCCUUUCUGGCUGCUGUAUAGGGAGCUUCUGAACGUCAAAGGUGUGGAGAGUGCUGGGUCCUGCUGGAAGUUUCUCUCGGAAAUGCAGCUGGGACUCCCUGACGCCCACCCCACCCUGCUACAUCCCUGAAGCUUCAUUCUCUCUGGGCUUCAUUUUCUUGCCCUGCCUUUGCUUCCCUAUCUCUGUGUCACUUGUGAUUGCUCUUGUGCUGGGGCUGCAUUUUGGGCAGGGCUGAACAGUUGCAGCAGAGACAAUGGCAGUGGAGUCAAGUGUGCUUCCUGUCUGGCCUUGUGUCCCAAGGGUCAGGGGACCCUCCUGCUCUAGGCAUACAGGCUGGAGACUCAUCUUCGGUGCAUUUCUGGCACCGAAUGACUCAGUACCUAGCACAGUUAAGUUUCUGAAAUAGGUGAUGGAGCCUUCCUCAGAUAGAGUUCUUUUUCUAGAUGUUGGCGUGAUGAAGGACAGACGUCCUCAUUAGUCUCAUUCCUGAGUUUCAUGGUAGUGGUUCUUUGCUUUUUGACUGGACUGGAAUGAGUGAACCGUCUAGUAACCGUGUCCCUUCCUGGCCCACGUAGUUAUUUCUGAAGUGCUCAUCCUGCCUCUCUGUUCCUAUGCAAUCACGUCAUGGCCUUACUCUUGUGCCUGGUGAUCCCAUCUUUCCACCCUUCUACACCUCCUUUCUCUCCAGCCCCAGGCUGGGGGCUUCUUGAGUGUGCCUUGCAACCUUGGUCCUUAAGCUGAACUCACUGUGUCUUCCUCACUGGUCUGAGCAUAUAGUAAGUCCUUCAUAACAUGGGGUGGGCGCAGCCCCCAGGUGUCCUGAGGGUGAGGCAACAGAUGAUUUUAAUGCAGAGAUGCUAUACCAGGGUGACCAUGAAAAGACUGGAUUUGCCAUAUGUGAAAGUCUGGCUGUUGAAGGCAAGGAGUGACUUAAAUGCUUGUCUUUGCAGUUGUCUAGCACUGUCCUCAGCCUGUGCAGCUCUGAGCCAGGGCAGACCCCCUCUAGUAGAACUGAUCCAUCUUCUUUCCGGUCCGAGCCCGCCUCCUGAGCACAGCAGCUCUGGAGCCUGGAGUCUGGGCCCGGCCUUCAACCUGUGGCCUGACCUUGUCUGCUGCGCUCUAGGCCUGGCUCCAGCACUUUGCAGCCUUGUGAUCUUAGAGAAGACACUUCUUUUUCCUGACUGAACAUUAAUGCCUCCUGUCAAAUAGGCUGAUGCAGUAGUAUCUUCCAGUAAGGAUGGUUGUGCCUCACCAGGAGGCCAGGCACGUGUGGGUAUGUAUGUGCAGCAUUGCCCACGCCACUGUGAUCAGCCUGAGUGUGCAGCUGUGUGGCCAUCCCAGAUCACGUGGGCAGUCAUCUGAUGCUGGCAGGUACCCAAGCAUGGAGUGGCUUUUGCUAAAACCAUGUGUAGGGCCUUUCCUUCUGGAGCACACGGCCUGCUCUCAGGAACCUGCCUGGCUGGUGCUGUCUGGGGAGGUGGGGCUUGGGUGUCUCUGCCUUUGUUGGCCAGUCUUUCCGGUGGUUUUUUCCUAGCUGAUCCUGGGCCUCCCUUCUGUCUUUAGCUCACGUGCCAAAGUAUGCAGACCUGGAUUUGCUUCUAGAUGUCCUUUCUUCACUCACUCAUUCCUCAGAGCUGUCUUCAUGCAGAUUGGGAGCGGUGCCGAGAAAAAUUUCCUUACUAGAUGACAUUUCAUCGCGAUGUCCGAUCGUUUGGGGCAAAUAACCAAGGGCAAGGAUGGGAAAAGCAAGUAUUCGACUCUCAGCCUGUUUGACAAGUAUAAAGGAAGAUCAGUAGACGCAGUCAGAUCCUCAGCAGUUAUUCCUCGACAUGGCUUACAGAGUCUCGGGAAAGUUGCCACGGCCCGACGUAUGCCACCGCCUGCAAACCUGCCAAGCCUGAAGUCUGAAAACAAAGGAAACGACCCCAAUAUCGUGAUAGUACCCAAGGACGGGACGGGAUGGGCCAACAAGCAGGACCAGCAAGACCCAAAGAGUUCCAGUGCAACGGCCUCUCAGCCGCCGGAGUCGCUGCAGCAGCCGGGUUUGCAGAAAUCUGUCUCCAAUUUGCAGAAGCCGACACAGUCAACCAGUCAGGAGAAUACAAAUUCAGUGCCAGGUGGACCAAAGUCAUGGGCACAGCUGAAUGGAAAGCCAGUAGGACACGAAGGUGGUUUAAGGGGCUCAAGCCGACUCUUAUCCUUCUCUCCCGAGGAAUUUCCGACGCUGAAAGCAGCCGGAGGGCAGGACAAGGCUGGCAAAGAAAAGGGCGUCUUAGAUCUGUCGUAUGGGCCAGGACCAAGCCUCCGCCCCCAGAAUGUGACAAGCUGGAGGGAGGGCGGUGGGCGAAACAUAAUCUCUGCCACGUCUCUGAACGCCUCCCCAACUGAGCUGGGCAGCAGGAACUCAAGUGUGGGAGACGGAGCCCCUUCCUCGGCCUGUACCAGCGAUUCUAAGGACCCCUCUCUCCGCCCGGCUCAGCCUGUCCGGAAAGGGGCUUCACAGUUCAUGGGAAAUGCGUACCACCCACCUGCAUACCAUGAUAUGCUGCCUGCUUUUAUGUGUUCGCCACAGUCAUCAGAGAACCAGGGCACCGUGGAACGAGGCUCUUUCCCCCUUCCUCAGCUCCGCCUGGAGCCCCGUGUUCCUUUUAGACAGUUCCAGAUGAACGACCAAGAUGGAAAAGAAAGCAGGUUGGGCUUGACUCGCCCAGUCCGCCCACUGAGGCAGCUGGUGGAGCGGGCGCCUCGGCCCACCAUCAUCAAUGCAGAAAACCUGAAGGGCCUCGAUGAUCUGGACACUGAUGCAGAUGACGGCUGGGCAGGCCUCCAUGAAGAAGUGGACUAUUCUGAGAAGCUUAAGUUCAGUGAUGAUGAAGAGGAGGAAGAAGUUGUGAAGGAUGGCCGGCCAAAGUGGAACAGCUGGGACCCGAGAAGGCAGCGGCAGCUGUCCAUGAGCUCUGCAGACAGUGCUGAUGCCAAGCGCACUCAGGAGGAAGGAAAGGACUGGGGUGAAGCAGUGGCCAAUUCCCGGGUGGUGCGCAAGGGGCCAGAGCCUCAGCCACCAUCCAGAAAGCUUCACAGCUGGACAUCAGGCCCAGACUACCAGAAGUCUGCAAUUGGCAGCGUGUUCCGGCAGCAGCCUGUCGAGGACAAGGAGGACAAACCGCCCUCGCGGCAGAAGUUUAUCCAGUCUGAGAUGUCUGAGGCAGUGGAACGAGCCCGAAAGCGCCGGGAAGAGGAGGAGCGUCGAGCCCGGGAGGAGCGGUUGGCUGCCUGUGCUGCCAAGCUUAAACAGCUGGACCAGAAGUGCCGGCAGGUCCAGAAGGCAAAUGGGGCUCAGAAGGCAAGUGGGGCCCAGAAGCUAGGAGACAAGGACGUCCCCCGAUCUGCAGGCACCGAGAAGCCCUCCCCACAGGAGAACGGCCCUGCUGUCCGCAAAGGCUCUCCAGAAUUCCCUGCCCAGGAAGCCACCACCACCAUCUCAGCAGAGGUGCCCACAGCUUCCCCAGCAAUGGCUCAGAGCAGCAGCAGUGAGGAGGAGGCCAGGGAGGCCGGGUCCCCGGUACAGGAGUUUAAUAAGUAUCAGAAGUCCCUUCCUCCCCGGUUCCAGCGCCAGCAGCAGCAGCAGCAGCAGCAACAGGAGCAGUUGUAUAAGAUGCAGCACUGGCAGCCUGUGUACCCUCCGCCUUCCCACCCGCAGCGUACCUUUUACCCACACCAUCCCCAGAUGCUGGGCUUCGAUCCCCGCUGGAUGAUGAUGCCUUCCUACGUGGACCCACGCCUCACGCCCACUCGGACCCCUGUGGACUUCUAUCCCUCAGCCCUCCAUCCUUCAGGGCUGAUGAAGCCUAUGAUGCCCCAAGACUCCCUCAGUGGAACUGGCUGCCGCUCUGAUGACCAAAAUUGUGUGCCCCCACUCCAAGAAAGAAAAGUGUCCGCCAUCGAUCCAGCCCCUGUCUGGAGCCCAGAGGGCUACAUGGCACUGCAGAACAAGGGCUACUCCUCACUUCCCCACCCGAAGUCGACCGACACUUUGGCUAUGGACAUGCAUGUCAGGAAUGAAAGCUCUUACUCUGCCUCCCCCGGAAGGUCAGGGGGCGUAAGUGCCCAGCGCGAUCUCUUUGAGGAGAGAGGGGAGGAGUACUUGAGUGCUUUUGACAAGAAGGCCCAAGCAGACUUUGACAGCUGUAUCUCUUCUCAAAGAAUAGGCCAGGAGCUUUUGUUUUCACCCCAAGAAAAUGUUCAGGAAGCAAGUGCUCCUGGGGGUCACACCCCAAAUCUCGUGUGUCCCCCAUUGGAGCCUGACUUUGUCCCAGCCGAGAAAAAGCCAGAGUAUAGCAGUUGGGACAUUGGCCACCAGCCAAAGGCCACUGACACAGCCAAGAGUGUUGACCAGGAGGUGCCCCGGGAGGAGCCACCUUUUCAUGUCUCUUGGGAGAAGGAAGAGACCCCUGAUAAACAGCUAAGGCCAGAGCCUGAGUGGACACCCGAGCCCCGGAACUCCAGUAGCCAGCACCAGGAGCAGCCCAGCAGGACCCGGAGGUCAGGACCCAUCAAGAAACCCGUCCUCAAAGCCCUCAAGGUGGAAGAGAAAGAGAAAGAGCUAGAGAAGGUGAAGCAAGGGCUUGGGGAGGAGAGCACAGGGUUGGCCAUGGAGAAGGAGCUGGUACUCAAGGCUGAAGAGGGUGAGGAUGAAGAGAACGACCCCGCCUUGGCCAACGCCUCCCCCUCCACUUUGGAGGACAAGGCCUGUACCAGCCCCGGGUUUGGCCAUGAGAACACCAAGUAUGAUGAGGGUGAGAAGCCUGAUAAGGCUUGGGAGACCAGGCCCUCACGAGAGUCCAGCGACACUCCCCCAACAAAGAGAAACAACUGGAUCUUUAUUGAUGAGGAACAGGCCUUUGGGGGCAGAGGGCAGUCCCGCAGUCGGGGCCGGGGUUUCCGAGAGUUCACUUUUCGAGGUCGGCCCGCUGGUGGAAACGGGAGCAGCGUGUGCGGUGGGGGGGUCCUCGGGGCACGUGGUGUCUACAGCAGCAGCCCACGGAGUGGCCGGGGCCGGGGCCUGCGGGAGUUCCCUCAGCCGGAAGACUGCCCCAGAGCCAAGCCCCGAAGGAGAAUUGCCAGCGAGACCCACAGCGAGGGCUCGGAGUACGAAGAGCUUCCCAAGCGGCGUCGGCAAAGAGGCUUGGAGAAUGGAAAUGAAGGUUCGCUCCUGGAGAGGGAGGAGAGUGCCCUGAAGAAGGACUCGUGGCGCUCCAACAAGAUGUACUCUGAGGACCAGAACAGCCUGGACACCAAGAGCCGAGGCCCGCGAGCUUUUGGGAGAGCACUCCCGCCCCGGCUGAGCAACUGUGGGCAUGGCCGCCGAACUUUCAUCUCCAGAGAGUCACCUCACUGGCAGGGCAGAAGUCCAGGGAGUUCCUGGCAGGAGUACGGUGCCUCUGACACAUGUGGGGCCCGGCGGGCCACAGACAGAGACUACAUCCCAGACUCCUACCGACACUCUGACUCGUUUGCCAGCAGGGCCUUUGAGGACAGCCGUUUGGAGGACAAGAGGUCUUUCUUCCAAGAUGACCACGUGGCAGAUUCUGAAAACGCAGAAAACCGGCCCUUCAGGAGGAGACGACCCCCUCGCCAAGACAAGCCCCCUCGCUUCCGGCGCCUCCGACAAGAGCGGGAAUCCUUGGGCCUGUGGGGACCCGAGGAGGAACCCCACCUGCUGGCUGGUCAGUGGCCAGGCAGGUCCAAACUCUGUCCAGGGGACAAAGGUGGCCCUGGGAGUCGCAGGUCCCCUGAGCUCUCCUACCAGAACUCCUCUGAUCAUGCCAACGAAGAGUGGGAAACGGCCUCUGAGAGCAGCGACUUCAGUGAGCGCCGGGAGCGUCGAGAAGGCCAUGUGGGCGAGCAUGACUUGCAGGGGGAUGCUGGCCUGCCUGGGACCAGCUUGGGUGAGAAGAAGGAGUUGGCCAAGAGGAGCUUCUCCAGCCAGAGGCCCCUGGUUGACAGACAGAGCCGCAAGCUGGAGCCGGGAGGGUUUGGGGAGAAGCCUGUUAGGCCAGGUGGUGGUGAGACUUCCCCCCGUUAUGAGAACCAGCAGAGUGGGACGCCUUUGAAAGCCAAAAGGUCCCCAGAUGAGGCCUUGCCUGGAGGUCUUGGCUGCAGUGGUGGGAGCAGCCACUCAUCGUCCUGUGCUCUGGAGCGGGCCACCCAUGCUAGCUCUCAAAGUUCUGAAGCCACCAGUAAGAAGACAGAGAAGGAGGCUGCUCUAGCUGCUCAGAGGGCCAGCGAGCAGGAAGAGGCCCGGAAGCCGUUUGACCUGGGCUAUGGAAAUGCCAUCAUUGAAAAUUGCGGGUCCAGCCCUGGGGAGGAGAGUGAGGUGGGCUCUAUGGUGGGCGAAGGCUUCAUUGAAGUCCUGACUAAGAAGCAGCGCCGCCUGCUGGAAGAGGAAAGAAGAAAGAAGGAGCAAGCCGCACAGGUGCCUAUCAAAGGUCGAGGCCUUUCCUCACGUAUUCCUCCUCGAUUUGCUAAAAAGCAAAACAGCCUGUGCCUAGAGCAAGGUGAUGUGGCCGUGCCUGGCAGCAGCCUGGGCACCGAGAUCUGGGAGAACAGCAGCCAAGCUCUCCCUGUGCAGCCUGCAGCCAGCGACUCUUGGAGGAAAGCUGUCACUGCCUUCAGUAGUGCGGAGCCUGGCUCCUCCGAGCAGGGAUUUAAGAGCAGCCAGGGAGAUAGCGGUGUUGACUUGAGUGCUGAGUCUCGGGAGUCAUCUGCAACCUCCUCACAGCGCAGCUCCCCGUAUGGUACUCUGAAGCCAGAGGAGAUGAGCGGGCCUGGCCUGGCAGAACCUAAGGCUGACAGCCAUAAGGAGCAGCCUCAGAAGCAAUCUGAGCCAAAGGACUCAGAACAAGGCUCAGGACAGAGCAAGGAGCACAGACCAGGACCUAUCGGCAAUGAACGUUCUCUGAAAAACAGAAAGGGCUCAGAGGGGGCUGAGCGUCUGCAAGGGGCUGUGGUCCCUCCUGUUAAUGGGGUAGAGAUUCACGUGGACUCCGUGCUGCCGGUGCCGCCCAUUGAAUUUGGAGUCAAUCCAAAAGAUUCUGAUUUUAGCUUGCCGCCGGGUUCUGCCUCUGGUCCUGCUGGGAAUCCAGUUGUCAAACUUCAGGAUGCCUUGGCUAGUAAUGCAGGGUUGCCGCAGAGUAUUCCCAUCCUCCGGCAGGACCACCACAUCCAGAGAGCCAUUGGCCUCUCCCCGAUGUCCUUCCCCACUGCUGACCUUACAUUGAAGAUGGAGUCUGCACGCAAGGCUUGGGAAAACUCCCCCAGUUUGCCGGAGCAGAGCUCUCCAGGAGGUGCAGGCUCAGGCCUCCAGCCUCCGUCCUCUGUGGGUGCCUCCAACGGGGUCAACUACAGCUCCUUUGGUGGAGUGUCCAUGCCACCCAUGCCUGUGGCUUCUGUAGCACCUUCUGCUUCGAUGCCAGGCAACCACCUCCCGCCUCUGUACCUGGAUGGCCAUGUGUUUGCAAGUCAGCCCCGGCUGGUUCCUCAAACAAUACCUCAGCAGCAGAGUUACCAGCAGGCUGCCGCUGCCCAGCAGAUCCCGAUCUCCCUCCACACGUCUCUACAGGCUCAGGCUCAGCUUGGACUUCGGGGGGGACUCCCUGCCUCCCAGUCCCAGGAGAUCUUCAGCUCCUUGCAGCCUUUCAGGUCUCAGGUGUACAUGCACCCCAGCUUGUCACCACCCAGUACCAUGAUCCUCUCUGGAGGCACGGCCUUGAAGCCUCCGUACUCGGCCUUCCCAGGCAUGCAGCCCUUGGAAAUGGUGAAGCCCCAGUCUGGCUCCCCCUACCAGCCCAUGAGUGGAAACCAGGCUCUGGUCUAUGAGAGCCAGCUUGGCCAGGCUGCUGGGCUGGGCGCCUCCCAGAUUCUGGACUCGCAGCUCCCACAGCAGCUGACCAUGCCACUGCCCCGGUAUGGCUCCGGGCAGCAGCCACUGAUCCUGCCACAGUCCAUUCAGCUGCCACCGGGUCAGAGCCUCUCUGUUGGGGCCCCCCGAAGGAUUCCUCCACCUGGCUCCCAGCCGCCAGUCCUGAACACCAGCAGAGAGUCCUCUCAGAUGGAGCUGAAAGGCUUCCACUUUGCCGACAGUAAACAGAAUGUUCCUACUGGGGCCUCUGCGCCAUCACCACAGUCCUACAGGCCUAGCUCUGCUAGCCCCAGUGGGAAGCCCUCUGGAUCAGCAGUUAACAUGGGCUCUGUGCAGGGACACUACGUCCAACAGGCAAAACGAGUGGAUGAAAAGCCCAGCCUGGGAACCAUGAAGCUGCAGGAGGCCCCCUCAGCCACUUCCCAGAUGAAGCGAACCGGAGCAAUCAAGCCUCGGACAGUCAAGGUGGAGGAGAGUAAAGCCUGAAGGUGCCCGGUGCCCUUUUGCCUCACCCCAGUGGACGGCACCACCCAGCCUGGACAGUCACUGCUUGGGACCUCACCGGAUCUACCGUCCACCCACUUGGCCUGGACUGAGAGCUCUUCUCUGUCCUUUGAAAGCUCCAUUGUCAAGCAGCUCACACCGUGGAUAUACGGAAUUGACCUGCUUGCUUUGAUGCAAAAGAGCAAUGAUUCCGUCCCUCCCUCCCACUCUCCUAGUGACUGGAGUGAGCCGCCUUCUGUGCAGUGCAGCCUGCCCACCCCGCCCCAUCCCCAGGCACAGUGGUUUGGCAGCAGGGUCACUUUAGCCAGAGGCUUUUUGUUUUAAAAAGCAGCUAUGGUUUUUACAAAGGGGAAAGGAAAACAAAUGCCAGCUACGUCUGUGUAGCUGAACUUUUAUACGUUCCUAGCUGUCCUCUCCCAGCCCCUUCUGCAGUCCCCAGUGGUCUUUUACCUCUGUCCUGUUCAACACGUCACUGCGAUACCUUAAGGGAUGACUUAAGAACGCACCCCCAGUAGGUUAACCUUUGGGGCUGCUGAGGACAUGGUUGUGAGCGUUCUGCUUAUCAGCCCACCACCUUGGGCGAGGCCAGGUGGGGCUUGCAGAGCAGAGCAGCAGGUAGGUUGGUGUCUGGCUUGGGCUCCAGCCCCUGGCAUGAAGUUGAUGACAUAUAUUAGCAUAAGAAUUACACAGGGCUGGCAGAGUGGCUCAAGUGGUAGAGUGCCUGCUGGCAAGCGGAAGGCCCUGAGUUCAAGCCCCAGACCACAAAAAAAAAAAAAAGGAAUUA